GGGAAGCCAAGAAGUUCAAGAAAGCUCCUUUUAAACACUUAACAACUUUAUUUUCUUCCCAUACAAAUAUUACACAAAGGGACUAUUAUGGUUGGUGUGUUAGCUCAUCUUCUCACCUCCCUCUCUAGAUUUUGAUUCUCUACCCUCUUUUCAUCUCAUUCUACAAUGGAACUUCCGGUCACGACACCGGAUUCUGGUGGCAAGAAGAAAGGUUCUUAUACUAUAGAAACAAAAAAUCUUUCUUAUGCACUUCCUAGUUUAUAUGAUGAGUUGAGUUGGAUUUUUUGCUGCAAGAAUCCUAAGAGACCUCAGAAGUUCAUCAUAAAGGAUGUAAAUUGUGAAGCAAGGCCAGGAGAGAUUACAGCUAUUGCUGGUCCUAGUGGGGCUGGAAAAACAACACUGCUAGAGAUUCUUGCAGGGAAAAUAUCACCAACAAAAGUUACUGGAGAGGUACUAGUUAAUGGUCAUCCUGUGAAUGCCAAGUGUUUUCGGAGAUUAUCCGGUUAUGUGACACAAGAAGAUGCCCUGUUUCCUCUGCUCACAGUUGAAGAAACACUCAUGUAUAGUGCUCUUCUGAGGCUACAAGGUGGGAAAAAAGAGGCUGCAAAUAGAGUUGGAGUGUUGAUCAAGGAGCUUGGUUUGGAACAGGUUACUGGUGCAAGAGUUGGGGGAGGAUCAAACAGGGGAAUUUCGGGUGGUGAAAGGCGUAGGGUGUCGAUUGGAGUUGAGUUAGUACAUGAUCCUGCUGUGAUUCUCAUUGAUGAGCCAACUUCUGGGCUGGAUUCAGCAUCAGCACUUCAUGUCAUAUCACUUCUUCAAGUGAUGGUAGCUCAUCAAGGCAAGACAAUUGUCUUGACUAUCCAUCAACCUGGUUUUCGGAUUCUUGAACUGUUUGAUCGACUUGUUUUGCUCUCGAAUGGGGGUGUACUUCACAAUGGCUCGUUGGAGUAUCUCGAAGAGAGGAUCAAGUUUUCCGGUCUACAGAUUCCACCCCACAUCAAUGUGCUUGAAUUUGCUAUUGAUGUCACAGGCAGCCUUGUCAUUCAUACUUCAGAAACUCCCAAUGUCCAUUUCCAAAUCAAGGAUCAUGGCGAAAAGAAGGAAAGUCUAAGGAAAGAUGAUGAGGGAUUUACAGUUUCCAACCACAAUGAUAUGGUAGAUAAGUGUCCUUCCUACGCAAAUUCCUACGUUGAGGAGAUUUCAAUACUAGGAGGAAGAUUUUGCAAGAACAUAUUCAGAACCAAGCAACUUUUUGCAACCAGAAUAAUACAAGCAUUGGUAGCAGGCUUUAUACUGGGAUCAAUAUUCAUGAAUGCUGACAACAAUCUAGGGCAGGUUGCUUUACAAACAAGACUAGGAUUCUUCGCGUUCAGCCUAACAUUCUUGCUGUCCACCAUGACAGAAGGUUUACCCAUUUUCUUACAAGAGAGAACAAUCUUUAUGAGGGAGACUUCAAGAGGAGCAUACAGAGUAUCCUCUUAUGUUGUGGCAAACACAAUUGUCUUUCUUCCAUUCCUCUUAAUGGUUGGGCUUCUCUACAGUGUCCCGGUUUACUGGCUCGUUGGUCUGAGGGGAAGCAUGGAUGGGUUCCUCUACUUUGCUAUGGUGGUCUGGAUAGUUCUCUUAAUGUCAAAUUCUUUCACUGCAUGUUUCAGCGCACUUGUCCCAACCUUCAUCAUGGGAACAUCUAUUAUAGCUGGCUUGAUGGGGUCUUUCUUUCUGUUCUCAGGCUAUUUCCUUUCAAAAGAGAAGAUACCUAGUUACUGGAUCUUCAUGCACUACCUAAGUCUGUUUAAGUACCCGUUCGAGUGCUUCUUGAUAAAUGAGUAUGGAGGCAAGGGAGGGAAAAGAUGUUUAGAAAGUGAAAGAGGAGAGUGCAAGUUGUUCGCGAUUGACUUCUUGAAACAGCAAGACCUCAAAGAAUCACUGAAAUGGACCAACUUAGCAGUGAUGCUGAGUUUCAUCUUGGGUUACAGAGUUCUCUGUUAUCUAAUUUUAUGGUGCAGAUGUUACAGAACCAGAAACUAGGCUUUUCAUUCUUUUGUAUUUUUACAGUUUUCAUUUGUUCGUUUUCUGAUGAUUAAAUUGAUUGGACAAGUAC